AAUUUGUGUGAGUCCAAGGGUGUGUGUGGUUAGGUAUGAUACUAAUAUCGUAACAGGAUUGCUUAAAAAUGAAAAUGGUUAAACAAUGGACUCAAACUACUAUCAAAUCUCUGCGUUUUAACUAUAACCUUUGAGAUUCAGAUAUUGCGAAAUGCACUACACUACAUAAACUAUAAAGAAAUAAAGAUUUUGCUCUCUCUAUAUAUAUAUACUAUAUAUGUCCCUUAUCUGAACUGUAGUGGUUUGUGACCACAGUUUUAGUUUCGAAAGCACCAGAUGAAUAGCAUAACUUCUGACUUUUUGACCACAGUGAUUCUAGACUUCUGAGAUAUAAUGCAUUCUUCAUGGGAAACAUGCCCGUGGUUUUGUAUGAUGGUGGAUGAAGUCAUCAUGAACAUGUAGAACAUAUGAUGGCAUUUGCUUAUAUGUUGUAAUGUUAACGUAUGGCUGUGUCAUUUGUCAUGUGUUAAGUGAGAUGUUUCCCAACUCUUUUAUGUAUUUGUGCAUGUACACAGUCAUUGUUGAAGGUUUGACAUUUUUUUGCUCGUUUAUACCCAAUUCAACCUACUUGAAUUAGUCUUUGUAUUCUUUAGACAGGUGUGGCAGUACUUUAUGAAGGACAUUUUAUUUCCUAUGCCUACACCUUUGUCAAAUAUUCACUACAGGUGUAAAUGUGUACAAAUUCUUGCUUUGACUUGAAAAUGGCUUGCGAGUAUUCACAUUUUUGUAUUAAAUGAAUAGAGGUAUUAAUAGAAAAAAUAUAUAACGUAAAAUGUUAUGUCAGUUAUGUUAAUUCAACUCAAUUGUAUUUCUAGAGCACUUUUCACAAUUUUGCUUUAUUAAAAAAAGAGCAAUAAAGAAAACACAUUUUAGCACAAACAGAUUAGAGACGUAAAAAACAACCCAGCACUGAUUUAUUUAUAACCCAGCACUUCGUUCUGUCCAUUAUUUAACCAACCAUGGGUUAUAACACCAAACUUGUGUGUUUGGAUUGUUAGUGUCCCCAUCAAGCUUAAAAACUAGUUUAACCUGCCAAAUGGUAAACCAGCCCUAAAUUUGGAUAGUAAGGACCACCACCAAAGCUGCAUAAACCAGCCUAAACCAGCAUGAAGAUUCAUGCUGGGCAAGCUGGUCUUUUAGCAGUAUAGAUAGUUUCAGCAGUAACAACAUAAACAAGCGGCUUUCGUGGUCAACACGUAACUUCCGGAAAAUUCCGCUAAGAAUCAAUAACAACAAAGUACUUUAAACGUAGUUAUUUAUAUAACAAGCAAAAUAAACAACACAUAGAUUACCUAACCCAAAACUUUUGUUAUUUUUGAUGAGGUAUUUGUUCAAGAGUUCAGUUUAUCAACUAGUCAGACCAUUAAAAAAACUGAAACCGGAAGUAAAGUUCGGACCAGCCGCGUAUCGCGUUACCGCACGUGCGUCCGAUAAAACCGUCUAUAGUAUGAAGCCGGUUCUUAUCGCAGAAAUAAGUCCUGACAGUGAAUCACACUGAAGCAGGUUAUUUCACCAUAACAACCAGUUGCCUGUACAUUAUCCUCCUUGUUACACAGCUAUUUACCUCAUAUGUAAGGUAAGGAACAAGAAAUAUUGAUUUGAAAUAAUUUAUUUGCUCAUUUUUAAUGAAUGCAGAUCUUUUGUAAGGAAAACCUGUUUAGUUUUAUAUUUUUGAGAUAUACAAGAUGUUCAAAUGUCAUGAACACACUAUUUGAUUUAAUCAUUUGUAAAUAUGAUGCCAUAUACGUUAUUAAAAGACAUUUAUAUUUAAUUUUUAUGUAAUAAUAAACUUUACCUGUCAAAAUGAUUCUCAGCACCUCUGGGAAUAACAAACCUGCAAAUGUUGCAACCGGCCAAUCAGAAUCAAGCUUUCUAACGGAGCCGUGUAAUAAUACUUAAUACAUAUAGAGAUGAUUUGUGGAUAACAGAGAUGUCUCGAGUAACCCAUAAUCCUUCAUCAGCUUUUUACAGCAGAGUUAACAGAUUUAAAGAGUUCCCCCUCAUUACAGCUGAUGUAAUGUGAAUGGAGAUAGUGGUGCUACUGUUGUUACAAGAGGCACACCUGGACAAUCAUAAACACAUUAGCUGCCAUUAGGCCUUAGAGUCCCUAUAAACUCUUUAGUGAGCACACUUGGGUAAGUAAUGACGUCCACCCCCUCCUGAGAAAGACACGAGGGGUCGCACCUCCACUUCCUCUCUCUCCUAGCCUUACUUUUAUCACAGCCCUGCGUAAAUGAAAAACAAAAACAACAACUACAACAACAAUGUUAAGGUAACACUGGAGGAGUAGAGCUGUCAGAAGGUCCAAAACUGGCCUUUAUCAAGGUCAUCUAAAUUUAACUUCACUCGUAUUAGCUAUUAUAAAACGGUUAGUUCCAAUCUUUGUUUCUGAUUGAAGGAGUUGCAGGUACUUCGCUUCGUCUAACUGCCUAACAACGCCCUUCAGCUGUUACUUAUUAACGAUACAGCACAGUCUCUCGUACCUUAUUGCUUACUUAAAAACAUUUUUAGUCUUGAAAGUAAGGUAUUAACAAAUUAAAUAAGUCUUUUAUUUAGUACCUUUAUUGGUAUGAUCAAUGAGGGAUAUUACAGAAUUCACUGAGAUGAUGCCAAAAAAUCAUGAAAAUCCUUGACUUGUUGGGGGUCAGGGAUUUUGUUACAGUUUAGCUAAAUCUUUUGUGAACCAACAGCAUGCAAAAAAGCAUCCUUGAAAGCAGGUGUUAAUCUGGGGUUGUCUUUUAAAACACAUUUGGAUGUUGUGUCAGAAUCCUUGUUUACCUUGAAGACCAAACUGCAGCAGUAAGACCAAACUGUCUGUCACAGGCGUCCACGCCUCACCACCAACCGAGAGCAGACAUUGAACUAACCAGAGAGCAAAUGCUGAAUUAAAAUAGAAAUGUUACGUAAGAAAUAAGUCUAUUCACCAUCUGGUCAAUAGUAAGCUAGGUCAAUAUGUGCUUCGCAUCAUACAACUUUCAUUUUGGUCAUGUUUUACAUCAUCUUAAGCUAACUUAGUUUUGCUUAAAUUUCCAUGAAACCAAAAUCCAGAACCAUAUGGAAUUGACUCAUUUCUGAGAACUAAUGCACUCUUGAAUCAUCCAUGCAUCCUUGAAAAGUCAUCCAUUUUUGCUUGUCUCCAACUUCUGUUAUAGCUUCAUUUUUAAACAUGUCACAGUUUUGGAUACAAGCAUUUACAACAAACACAAUUCUCUUUACUUGAACAUUUCAAACUGCUGUGUAGCUAUAACUUUGCAGUGUACUGGCAGUAGGUACUGCAUUCGGAGGCCGUCAUACCACCCUAUAGUAGAACGUGCGUGAUGAUCAGCAUGUGAAAAUAAAAUCCCAGACAUGCUACUUUAUAUCGGCCAUGUUUGCAUUGUCAUGUGACAUUGUAUAUUUAUUGACCUAUGUUAUGACUAAAAACUAUUUCACUCAGGUGUUAAAUAUGUACAAUUUAAUCUGUAGGCCCAUCUAUGGGAUUUAUUAUUUUGAAUCUUUCAUCGUCUCAGCUCCUGUGGCCUCAUGAGAUUGAAAAGUAUUUAUCUGAUGAGCACUUCACAAUCAUGUCAAUAUACUGAAGAUUGUGACAUGUCAUUCAUUUCAAAUUCACAGCCAUGUAAGAACCAAUCUUGGAACCAUAAGAGUGUGUUUUACAUGCUACUGUGCCCUGCAUUGUAAAAAAUGCAGCAUUUUUGUCAAAUCAAAAUAAUGUUUUUAAAUAUAUUUAAAAAAAAUAAUUUAAACAAUUUCAACUUGUUUUUAUAAGUUAUGUCAACUUAUCACAGGCCAAAACUAAAACUGUUACAAUGUGCAUUCCUUGUUGCAUUUAAAUUCUUAAGUUUAAUCAACUUAAAUUUACAAAUAAUUUCAACUUUUCCUAAUUAGGAGUUGCUAUAAAUUAGUUGAAUUCGCCUAAAGUUAUUUCAACUUUAUUUUUAUAAUUUAUAGCAGCAACUCACAAUCAAGAAGGUUAACACACUGUAAAAAAUACUUUGCUGCCUAAAUUUUUUUGUUAAAUCAACUCAACAGAGAUGAGUUGUCACAACUUAUAAAAUAUAGUUAAGAAAAGUCAACUCCAUUUUAUAAGUUAUAACAACUCACCUGUAGUUAUAACAACUCAUCUCUAGUCAAGAUAAAUAAUAGUAAGUUGAAAUACUUGUAAAUUCGAGUUGAUUCAACAAAAAAUGUAUUUUUUACAGUGCAUGAAUUGAUUGAUAUAAAUUGAUUAAACUUAAAAAUUUAAGUGCAACAAGACUUUUUUUCUCAGAUGUGGGGUCUGUCUGUAUAUAUAACAGCUUCUUUGGACUUCUGUCCUAGAUUUAGUGGUACAACACUAAAAGAAAAGUUGACCUGACAGUUUUGUUCAUCCAUUAUCAGUCUAUGUCUAUGAGAAAGAGCUUGUAUUUACUUAACACGUGUUUUAAGACCAAGAGUGCAGGGCCCAAGAGAUGAAGCCUGGAGAAACAGAAGAAGAGGGAGGACGUGUGAAGACCUCACCAUUUGGCAAAUGUGUGAAGGUACACUCACCUAUAUAAUACACGCAGAGACAAACGGAGAGGCAUUAGAAGAGAAGAUACAGAAGCGAACAGACAUCCUUUGGAUUAUUUGAAACGCAAAGGAAACCAUUUCAACAGCAUUGCUUUAUUAUGAGUGAGGUGUUGAUCUGAGAAAACAGAAAGCAAGUAGAAAAGGUCAUCCACCGAAAAAAUGCUAGGUGUGGAAAUGUAUCCUAGUUUGGCCCUGGGACCACAGAGACUGGGCGACUGCUUUUACAGAGAUCGUGAGCCUUCAGCACAUGUGCCGUUAUACCCAACAACAUGUGACAUGGCUGCUCGUGGCCUUCCUCCGCGGCUGCUGCAGCCGCCUCCUGCCACUGCCGAGACACCUGGGAAUCCUCAGGACACUGUUAAAAUGGAACUUGAGAAUGCAUCACUGUGGAAACAAUUCAGUUCAGUUGGCACCGAGAUGAUUGUUACAAAGAAGGGCAGGAGAAUGUUUCCACAGCUGCGAGUGAAGUUGUCAGGAUUGAACCCAUCACUGCGUUACAUUCUUCUUUUGGACAUUGUACCUGUGGAUUCCUCUCGCUACCGUUUUCAGGACAACAGCUGGCAGGUUGUAGGUGGGGCGGAGGCUCGGCUACCAGACCGCGUCUUCAUCCACCCAGAUUCACCUGCGACUGGAGAGCACUGGCAGAACCGGACCAUAUCCUUCCACCGGGCCAAGCUCACCAAUAACACGUUAGACGCACAAGGAUAUAUCAUCCUCCACUCCCUGCAUCGAUACCAGCCACGCAUCCAUGUGAUUGAGGCCCGAGAUGUGCUGAUGUGGGGAAGAGCUCAGCACUCCUUCACCUUUCCUGAAACACAGUUCAUUACGGUCACUGCAUACCAGAACAGCAAGAUUACUGACCUAAAGAUCAACUCCAAUCCUUUCGCAAAAGGCUUUAGAGAGAAUGGAAUGAACUGCAAGAAACAAAGAGAGGCAAGGUUAAAGAGGAAAGUUACAUCCAAUCAAGAGGAGUCCCUGGAUAUUGAGUCAUGUGACCCUUGUGAUUCAACUGAGGUCCUCCAACAAUCUGUGGAACUUACAAAUUCUGCCCUCUCAAUGAUAAAUACUGCCCUUCCUAUCACAGGCCAAAACUUUCACACAGAUGUACAAACUCUGCAAGAACAGACGGUCUCUGGCCAACCACUUGUCCUUAGUCAAGCAUUUUUGACCUCUGAGGUGUCUGACAUUCCCUCUUCAAUGGAGAGUCAACAGCAAACAACCUCUGACAAUAAUGUAAACAACACCAUGAUGGAUGGGUCUGGUCAAAUGAUGGACCUUCCUGCAUACAUGUCAACUUUUCCAACCAAUCAGCUCAACUCCUCAGUGCACCCAUCAGUACCUAUGCCUCAGUCAUCUUCCAUCUAUUCUGGUGUGUCCUCCACACAGAAUUCUGACCUUGAGCUUCCUCAGGCCUCCACGAAUGCCUCCCCACCCUCUAUGUCCACAUAUUCAUCUAUACUUUCAUCAGAUUUUUCUUCUCAGAUCUCCUCCACUACUUUACCAUCAUCCGCAACCUCUCCUCCAGGCUCAUCUUACCCUCCUCUAUCUCAUUGCACCUCUCCGCACCUUCUACCGCCUUCAUCAUAUCACUCUCUUCAGUGUCAGGACAACUUAAGUCCCCAUACACCUACAGAUCCAACUUUCCAGUCUAUCCCACCUUCCUCUUGUCACCGUUCUGGGUUAACUAUUGACCCUGCUCAAAAUCAAGUAGAUGAUGGUGGAUUAAACUCCUCCAAUGCAUCAACUCCCGUUGACCAAAACUCAACUCAAACAUCUUUCCCCUUCCCUCCGGUGCAGUCCUCAAACAAUCCUGACCCAACUUCCUCUCCAUGCCAAACCCUGCCCCAAACAUCCCUCCCCUUCCCCGCUGUGGCACAGUGCAACUCCAACCCCAAUCUUACCCCAUCUGAACCAAACAUGACCCCAACUGCUUUUCCAUUUCCUCCAGCACAGUCCACCCCUAACACUAUAAUGACUCCCUCCAAUUCCAACACCACGGUCUUCCCCUUUCCCCCUGUUCAACAGAAUCAUAGCCUUCACCUCAAUACUUAUGGAUCUACCCAAAUUCCAGCAGCUGGUUCUUUUACACUUCCCCAAUCAUUACCUACUUCUUGCCUGAGCACUGUCCCAUCAGUUACAAACCCAAUUUAUCCAACAGCUGGCCCUUUUUCUCUCCAACCCACCAAUGUUGUCCAUCAAGGCCAUAUACAGGCCGUUUCCAGCACACUUCACCCCACCACAGCAUAUCAAGUACCGCCAUUCCCCGAAUCUCUACCCAAGUACAAUACUCCUGGAUCUAAUCCUGGUUCAAAAUCUCACGCUUCUUAUCCCUUCCCCACUCACCUUCCAUCUGGUCCACAUCCCCUUCAGAGCCUAACUCUGCCGUCAUCCAACGCAAUUCAUAGUGUUCCUAGAACGGCCCAAAUUCAAUUUACGCAGUCAUAUCCUAACAUUCCUCCCCAAACAGCAAACCCUUCCCAGAUCUCCUCUCAGUCCUUUCCUCCCAUUCAAUCAUCAAACACCUCUUAUUUAGUGAAUGCUUCUCUUCAAAAUCCCCAUGUCGCUCCCACCUCAGCCCACGCACAAUGCACUGCCUCUUCAAAUGCAUACCCCGCUGUCGCUCCCACUGAGAUAGGCACCUUCUCCCAGGUGAAUUCUGCUGCCCCCUAUCUACCAGAUAUGAUUCUGCACCCUUCUUUGCUCCCUCCGCUGGAUCCCUCACUUACCUCUUCUGCCCCACCCUCCCUUUAUAAUCCCUUUCCUCCCUACUCCGUACGUCUUUGCCAGGACCCACGAUCUUCCCUGCAUUUACCCCUCAGGCAUAUUUAUAGACAGCCACAGCAUGCUCAUGCUCAUGGUCAGGGGUCUUACUUUGAUCUUGGAGGAAGAGCUGUAUACUGAGAAUAAACAGAAAACAAAUAUCUCAAAGGCAUGACCAAGAUUUCUGCAUUAGUGCAUUAAUACCUACAGUUCUGAAGAAAGCACUGCACAUUUCGUUAAACCAUCAUUUAUGGUAGAGGAAACAUUGAAGUAUUUCUAUUGUUUGUAAGAUUUUUUGUUUGUUUGUUUUUGAUUCUGAAAUGUAGCUACUGUAGCUUUAAUCAAAUCUUUAAGAAACAAAGCUGUACAUGUUUAUUUGUGCUAAAAUUACAAAAUAAAGUUUUUUAAAUUUUAUGCAUUAAGA